AUGCCUCGUGACGGAUCUGGAGCCUCCGACAACGUCGUUGAGCCAGGCGAGACGCUCAUCCACGGCGCGGGGAAGGGGGAGAACGAUGCACCGGCGUCUUCAGGCGUAGACCGAUCGAACAAGGCGGCACCGCCGCCUGACCACGAGGCUGGGGAUGCUAUGAAGGGGAUGAAUGCUUCGGGAGGUGGGAAUGAUGUUAAGGGGAGUGGGAAGGGACCUAUUGAGAGCAGUGUGGACAAGGAGGCGGAGAAGCAUUGA